GAUGAUGAUGAUUUUGACCUCCCAAUGCGCUCUCCAAAAUCUGGCGACAUGCAGGGUGCCUACGAAGUGUGGAACACUCUUCCAGAGGUGGUUAAGAAGGAUCCGUCGUUUGAGCCAUUUCGGCGCUACGGACAUCGACUGGAUCAAGAGGUUCACAUCUCCCCCAGCGGGAGCACGGGUGCCAAGAGGAAAAAAGCCCUGACUUUUGAUGUGGAUGUAGGAGGUUUGUCUCCUAAGGUACAGUCCUCAGGCGGUUCCUCAGUGCCAACUGUCAUGAUAAUCAACCCCUCGGACGAGAGUCUCCAUCUGAGCUUGGAUGAGGAUGAGAUUGCCAAUUGUCCUGCUGGGCCGUCGAGUAAAGUGGAAGAAGAAAAAGAGAGCUUUGACAAGGAAAUGAUGAGUUUUUCUGACUCGAACUCGUCCUGGUGGGUUCAAAGCUUGAAGAUCUCUUUUCUGCUUAGCAUCUGGAUUAUGUCUUGUGUCGUCUUGAUGCUUGUGAAGACGUAUUCAGAUAUCAACAACUCCCAUCAGAUCUCAGUUCCACCAAACUUGACUAGAAGCUACUGGAUCUUGCAGAGUCCGACUAUGCGGCAGAUAAAAGUGGAUCUGGAAGGAGCUAUCCUUCCUACAUACUACGGUAACCUCACCACCAAGUUUAUGAGAGUCUGGGUGGAUCUCAUACAAACUAGAAUACCGAGGAGUAACAUUACUCAACACAAUAUCUUCUAUCGUAAGACAAUAUCAAAUGUUUGGAUGGUUCCAAUCGUCUCAGAAGAUGUGAUCGACUUUGCUCCAGAAGUUCGCCAAUCAAAACUGUUUGACAUUAAUGACAUUGAGUUUGAGAUGAUUCCCAACAGCCUAAUGUGUCUACAGUUCACCACCAAUCUCGCAGCCAGCUUCUCCAUCUCUAUUAGUUAUGACUUGUCUCCAAUCAACACAGAUGAUGGAAUCGUGUAUGCAGCCUUCAUACUGCUGGGACUGUACUUCCUCAUCAUAACAGAGAUAGUUCACCGCACUGUGGCGGCCAUGCUUGCUGCAACUGUCUCAGUGGCUGUUCUUGCUUUGUUUGGAGAGCGGCCAAGCCAUCAGGAUAUAGUUUCAUGGGUGGACCUCGAGACUUUGACUCUGCUCUUUUCCAUGAUGGUGUUUGUUGCGAUAUUCUCCGAGACUGGUGUCUUUGACUACUUAGCAGUGGUGGCUUACAGGCUCAGCUGUUACUUAACCACAAAGUACAAGUUCUUCAAGCUGAUGGGAGGAAGAAUUUGGAUGCUGAUAAAUAUCCUCUGCAUCAACACUGUUCUGGUUUCCUCUUUCUUGGACAAUGUCACCACCAUCUUGUUAAUGACUCCAGUCACCAUCAGGUUAUGUGAAGUGAUGGAGCUGAACCCAACACCGGUUCUGAUGGCAAUGAUUAUUUUCUCCAACAUUGGAGGAGCCAUCACUCCGAUUGGAGACCCUCCAAAUGUUAUCAUCGCCAACAACAAGGACAUCGUUAGUGCUGGAAUUACUUUUGGAGUGUUCACUACACGGAUGGGUAUACCCCUCACCAUCAUAAUGAUCCUGGUGCACUUCCAACUGAGGUACAUGUUCAGAAACAUAAAGGACUUGCAGUAUACAGAUCCAAAAGAUGUUCAAGAGUUGAGGCAUGAGAUAGUGAUAUGGCAGAGAGCGGCUGCAUCUUUAUCUUCCUACAGCAAGGAGGAGGAUUACGUGAGAGAGACGCUUAUGAAGAAAGUUCAACGACUGCUCAGUGAGCUCAAGAAGAAGCUACUCACUGGCAGCAUUGCAAUGGAGACUUACAGGGAGGACAUAGAAGAACUUGCUCAAAAGUUCCCCAUCAGAGACAAGCCGCUGUUGCUAAAGUCCACUCUUGCGCUGAUGUUCGUGAUCGUCACGUUCGCUCUACAGUCUAUGCUGGAGCUACAUCUGUCCAUGGGCAGCAUUGCUUUCCUUGGAGCUCUCCUGUUGCUACUGCUCGACCGGGAGGACAUUGUCGACGUGUUAGCUCGCGUCGAGUGGAGCACGUUAUUGUUCUUCACCUCACUUUUCAUUUUAAUGGAGGGUCUCUCCCGCCUGGGGCUAAUAGACUUCAUCGGACACCAAACAGAGCAGGUAGUUAAGUCUGUUCACCCGGAAUACCGUCUGGCCGCCAGUAUCUGGCUGAUCCUGUGGGUCUCAGCAUUCACUUCCUCCUUCCUGGACAACAUCCCUCUGACCACAAUGAUGGUCCGGAUAGUGGUCAGUCUCAGUCAGAACGAAGAGUUGGGUCUGCCACUGCAGCCACUGGUGUGGUCCUUGGCCAUCGGCUCUUGUCUUGGAGGAAACGGGACGUUGAUCGGAGCUUCCUCAAAUCUAGUCUGUGCCUGUGUGGCUGAAAGACAUGGAUACAAGUUCACCUUCAUGGAAUUUUCAAGAAUAGGGUUUCCUGUUAUGUUGUGGAGCCUUGUGAUCGCAACAGCCUAUCUGAUGUUAGCUCACGUGUGGCUGGGAUUCAAUGGUUAGAUACAUCCACAUCUGCCUUGCGU